UUAAUCGAUCAGCCAGGUUGCAAUUGCAAGUGCAAAAUCGGCAAAGAGUGCUGAGAACAUCCACAAAGCGGCGUAGAGCUAUAGGGAAAAGCAGUGCAUCUUCGAGGAAUUGGUUCUUCCGCCUGCGGUGGGAAGAAAAAAGGUCCAAAAUAAAACCAUUCCACUCUCAGCCCUUUCCUGUGGUUGCUGCGUUCUUCGAAGCCAUCUUUGAUCCGCAUCGGAGCGAGCGCUUUUGUUUUGAUUGUCAAUUGUGUCAGCUGGUCGAGAUAGAAAGAAGCAAAACAAAGCGUGAUUUGCAGUGCGUUUAAUAUCCUUUUGCGAGUGAGUGGACAUAAUACGGUGUGUGCUAGAGUGUUUCAUCCAAACAAACGCACGUCCUUGGCGUCUUGCUAUUCAGGCUGUGACUGCAUGUGAAGUGUGCGAAACAAACAUAGAACAACAACAUAAAAAACGACAAUCUUGUCGAGCCUUCAACUUGCCCGCUCUCAGUGGAAACUCGAAAGCAGGAAGUAAUACCGGCCACGUUCGGGAGACACCGCUCUUCUAGUGCGUUCCUGCACUUGAAUCGAUACAGCUUUUACGGAAGAACAAUCGCCGGAAGUGUUGUUUGUCAAAUUUAGUGCGGUUCCGAGACGUGAUAAGCCUAUCUGUAUCACCGUUGUUGAUAGUUUCACAGUGAACUGGACACGUCGCGCUCCGUCCUUGCAGCAUGGCACCGAUUGCGACAACGAACGAGCCCAAAAUGGCCCAGGGUGGUGAGGAAACGCUCACGCGCCACGCGGAUGCAAAUCAACGAUACUACACGGCCACCAACCGCAAAAAUGGCAUCAAUGAAGGAACACGCGAUGGAGCAACGAUGGCGGCAAUUCCGGCCACACUAGCAACCGGUAAUACGGUCAAACCAUGCCCGCUGAGAGCACCACUCGUCGUUACCGUUGUGGGACUGCCCUGUAGGGGGAAAUCGUUGGCCGCACACAAAGUUGCCCGACAUCUGAGCUGGCGUGGCGAAAGCGCCAAAGUAUUUACCGUGGAAGAAAAUGCUACCAUAGAAACGUUCAAUGAAAUUAGUCUGUUCUUCAAAGAAGGAAAUAAUGUUGCGAUCAUCGAUGGUAUGCAUUUGACUCGGGCCACCCGGCAAACGGUGGCCACCUAUUGCUGUGAUGCCGUCUUUCAUCAUCUGCUGAUCGAGUUCACGUGCAACGACAAAUGUCUGCAGGAGAAUGUUGCAGAUACGGUACAAUUUUACCGUAAGCUCGAUCAAAACAUUGACUGGGAGCGACGCUUCCGGGCGAGUAACGAGAACCAUGCGCCACAGUUUGAACCGUGCACGGCACUCGAGGGUCCGCUAAUUUCGGUAAACAACUCGGAGGACCCAAUGUAUCACUCCGUAACGGCGCGGGGUGUUCGUGGUGCUAUACAGACGGACAUAUUGGGUGUUUUGGCGAGUCCUGUUAUCCGUCAGCAAACGUUCUACUUCAGCCGGCACGGGGAAUCGGAGUAUAACGUAUUGGGACGCAUCGGUGGGGAUGCGGACUUAUCCCCACGGGGCAUGAAAUAUGGCGAACGGUUGGCAAGACAGCUAGGGGGCCCCGGAUCGGCUCCGGACUCUCCACGACCGAAACUGAUCUGGACAUCUGAGUUGCGGCGUACGAUCCAUACCGUCCAGAACAUCCCAGGACCGCGGGCAGCUAUUAAGGAUCUCAACGAGAUUAACGCUGGCAUCUGCGAGGGACUUACGUACGAGGAAAUACAGGAGAGAUUCCCACAAGAGUUUGCCUGGCGCGAUCAGGACAAGUUCAAGUACCGGUAUCCGCACGGCGAGUCCUAUCUGGAUCUGUUGCAACGUGUGGAUAGUGUUGUGCAGGCUCUGUUGACCAACACCGAUGUGUUGGUCGUUUCGCAUCAGGCUGUUCUUCGUUGCAUAAUGGCAUACUUUAAGGGCGUUAAACCAGAUGAUGUGCCGUACAUCAAUGUGCCAUUGCACACACUGCUUAUUGUGCGAUCGUAUGGGUAUGAUUUUGUUGUGGAAACGGUGCCAUUAAAGGUGGAAUGUGUAGAUACCUAUCGCAUUCAACCGAAGAACUGUUCUACUAGCCGCACCACAGCAGAUGCGCUAACAACUGUGCCGGCCCAUUUUGAUGCACCGCUUACACAACAAAUGUCUACGAUAAGCUAAAAACCUCACAAAACCACAAAGCAGCAGUACAGAUUCUGCUGCCAGGAGGAUUGAUGUAAACGCGGAAGUCCUACUCGUCUGCUAUAUCUUCUUCCCAAGCGUACAUAAAAAUAAGUCGUGAUGCUACCUACACUUUACAAUUGCAACUACAAUUAAUACUUCGUUUGGUCGCUGUAGUAGAAGCGAAAUGGCGAAGUUUGCACAACCUACGAUAGACGACUAAUCGCUUUAAAAAAAAGUUCAUCCAUAACUGCAACGCCCGCAUCACACGCGGAUCUUUCAACAGUUCUUCCACAAUUGUUUGUACAAAUCGUUAGGUCUGCAUAACCGCAGACGAAACCCGCACACAGUGCAAUUGGGCGUUAGGAGAGGGAUUUCAUGUAAUGCUGUACACCACACGCCUUAGGGAUGCAUUUUUUAUUGGCUUAACAGAGGAUCCAUUAUUGGGCUGCUUAUGGUAAUGGGCAGGGAUUAUUUCAGGGGAAAAGGAGAAUGUGGUUGAAAACAUAUGAUAGCUACUCCCGGAAAAUCUAAAUGAGGUUGUAAAGCAAGCAAGGUAGAUGACCAGAGAAAACACGAGGAGAAAUGUUUGAUAAUCAGCUGAAGGAGGAUGGAGAUUCGGAAGAAUGAUACAAUGCAUUUCUAUUGUUUCGGUAUGUUCUAGGACCAGGCGAGUGAGUUUUUAGACGCAUAGUAGCAAAAGAGGUCACCAAGCACAGUCGCAAUAAAACAGAAAUCAAAUAAAAGUUUCGUUUGCAUAAACCAUAGAAGAAUAUCAAUUGGCACAGGUAGAUCUUUUUGCAAAGCAAAAUUAGAAAGAUCUGGAAAUGAUAAAUGAUACGGGACACAAAAGGUGCAACACAGCAGAAAAGAAAGCAAGUUAAUUGAUUAAAGAAAACAAAAACACACACACAAACAAUGUUGAUCAAAUCACAAAAAAACGGCAUAAAAUGUUAGAUUAUAGUUGGGUAGUGAAAGUUUAUUUUUAAACGAAGUAAGUAAGCUAUUGUUUUAAAUAUAUCUAUAUAACGAAAGGAAAAUAAAACAAAACCAAUGGAGUUAAAACAGAA